AUGACCGACUCCAGAGAACUUGCCGUUACUGAGAAGCCUUGUGGGCCUGAUGAACAUCCCCUUCAGCAUACCUACGAAUUCUCCUACUUCUUCCGACCAGCCGGCGUCUUCAAUCCCGAAGACUAUUCAAAAUACGUUCAAACGGCUGCUAUCGUGAACAGCGUAGAGCAAUUCUGGCGCGUUUAUUGUCAUAUGGUGCGACCUUGUGAUUUUGUGAAAAAAGGAGAACUUCAUUUUUUCAAGAAAGACAUCAAACCGACAUGGGAAGACGAAGAAAACAAAAAAGGCGGAAAGUCGAUUUUACGAAUUAAAAAGGGGACUGCCUCCAGAAUUUGGGAGAACCUGUUAAUGGCGAUAAUUGGCGAACAAUUUGAUGUGGAAGAUGAUAUUUGCGGAGCAGUUUGCAGUGUGCGCAGGGACGAAGACAUAAUUUCGAUUUGGAACAGAUCAGCUGAUGACUUCCCAAUACGUAAUCGAAUUCGUGACACUCUCGGACAAGUUCUUAAUCUUCCCGCCGGCACGCUGGUCGAGUAUAAACGCCAUGAUGAUUGCUUGAAAGAUAAAAGCAGCUACCGCCAUUCACGCGGAGAUGUGUAUGAAUUUUGCGGAAAUGUU